GCGAGUGAACAAGGUUUCACCGCGACGCAUAAACGCGGCCACCUUAGUCGCGUCGUUGCACGCUUCAUCGCACGGUUACGAUUAUUUUCUCUUCAUGUACCGUUCGUAUCUUAUGUUAUAGCGUAUUUUCCAAACACCACGAGGUUUAACGUGAACGAGAAGAAGAUGAUCGUGAUACGUUGUCAUUUCUCAUAGAAUUCUUCUACGUAACAUCAUCGUACUAUUGUCAUUCCUAACUGUCAAACCGCGAAAGUAUUCUAUACCGUUCUUUUCCGUAAAUGUGUGUUUUAAAAAAUAAUAAUAAUGAAAUAAAAGAUAAUUCUUUCUUUUUUUUUAUCGUCACUCUACGACAACAACGACAAUUGUGAAAGGAAAAUUUCUGAACAAUAUCAUCAGUUGUUAUUUAAAGUAACAUAAAAUAUGUCGAGAGAAAAUUCAAAGAUAAUUUCAGAUGGAUCUACGAUUUAUCAACCAGUAGCAUACGUUAUCAUUCAUUUUUGUAUACGUUGAAAAGUGUGAUAUGAGGAAGGUAAAGAAACGUAAUAAUAAUAAUAAUCACGAAAGAAGAAAUCGAGAAUCAAUCGAUCAAAUAAUUGAAAUAUCCUACGGGGCACCCCGUUCGCGAGUAUUAUCGUAAAGUAUGAUUGAGAUCGAUGAAACGAGGACAUGAGUUUGACAAGAAGCUCCAAAAGGGAUUCCAUUCGUCGGAAAGAAAAGGUGACGGAGAAAAUUCUUUAUCCCACGGUAGAUAGUUUGGCCUUGAAAAGAGCGAGAUUACCAUUACGUCUUCACGAUGGUGGUACGGACAUUGAAACGUUUGAAGAAAUGAAAAAGGAUACGGGAAUCAUACAGCGGGAAAACAAACGAAUUAAUUUGAUGGCUAAAUCGAAGAACAGUCCACUACGAAAAGGUCGUACGAAAAUUGAAAAAAUGUUAGAAAAGCAAAAGGAGAAAUCCGAUAAUGCUGAAUUGGUUGAAAUUAAUAGCAUUUUAACUGACAAGGAGAAAAACAAGGAUUAUUAUUAUCGUAUAUCGUUAAAAGAGGAGAACAAAAAUGACAAAAUAAUCGACUCGGAAAAAGAAAAUCUAGUCGAAUUAAAUACUCUAAAGGAAUCCAACGAGAAAUCAUCUAACGUACUCAUAGAAAGGCGUUGUUCAAAUUCUUCGGAGGAUUACGAAAAAGUCGAUUUUAAAAGUCAAUGUUACAAGGAAGUCUCGACGAAACGUGACUGCGAUGUCAACGGGAGCUUUCACCGUAAUAAUAAAAGCAUCGAGGAAAGAUCUGAAAUGAUUUACGGUUGCGCCGAAUCUAUAUCGUUUUCCAGCGAGGACGAUGAGAAAAAUAGUUUGCGAAAUAAUAAAACUAAAAAGAAAAAGAAGAAGAAGAGACAUUUCGCAAGAAACGUGUUGCAUUACGUGCCCGGAUAUCCGGGUAAAAAACGUCAGAAACAACAAACGAAAAAGAAGAAAAAAAAGCAUUAUCGUUUUACCACGUAUUUAGAUUCGCAAGGAAGAUCUUUGAAAGAGGAAGAUGAAAUGUCGAGCAUCGAAGAAAAUCUUGAUUCCUUUUCCCGAUCUAAGAGUCUUUCGAAAUGCGAAUUGAAGUACAUCAUGAUUUCCGAGCCAUCGAAUUUCGUUCACGUUGCUUCGGCUACAAAUCCACGUUUAAUGUUCAACGAAAAUAUCGUCGGUUAUAAAUCAGAACAAACUGUCAUAACUCACGAAGAAAAAUCCGCCAAUUUGCCUUUACUUUUACGUGGAAAAGAAAUUAGUAAUAAUCAUAAUCGACUUACGACCGAAAAAGAAACGCCUAUGGAAAGUAUGGAAAAUAAAAAUGUAGGUAGGACAUCCUACGUGGAAAUAAAAGGAACAUCUCUAAACGGAAUAGAGGAACCUAAAGCGAAACUCGUGGAUCCUUGCCAAUCGGUGAAAACCGAAACGGCAGAUGACGAGACGAGAAUUUCUUACGAGCCAAUAUUACGCACCAAUGUUAGUUUCCUUUGGAGUGAUCGAACCAGAAGUUACUUGGACAAGAACGAGCAAGCCAGACUUUCUUUUUCGCUUGUAAAAAAAAAGGACGAAGAAACUUACGACGAUGUGGGACCGGCACCGUUGCCCGAACUUUUUCCAUUGGUUUCCUUUUCACAGGAAGAAGAUUACGACGAUGUCGGACCACCGGAAAGAAAUACCCUCCUAAUCGAUGAAAAAUCAAACGAUGAAAAAUCAAACGAUGAAAUAUUGGACGAUACGUACGACGAUGUUUUGGCGCCAUUGUUAAACGCGACCGAGGAUGAAUUUGAAACUUUAUUCGAGGAAAAUGAAGGAAAGAAAGAAUGUUUGAUAAACAAUGAUUAUUCGAGCGUAGAAGAUGGCAACGAUGAACGGGACAUUUACGAUGACGUUGGAUGUCCUAUUGGGGAGGAACGCGUGAACAGUCUCUAUGGGGGAUCCAUGGUUGCUUCUCUGCUUGGAUCGGUCCUGGCAAACAGCAAGGAAUCUGAAUGGGAAGACGUUGACGAUUUUACGAAUGCAUUACCUUGCCAACAUGAUUGCACAUGCGGUUCUCGGUGUCGAAAGAAUCGUUUCAUGUUUUUCAGUGAAAAUAAUGGGGAAUCGCAGUGUAAUACAUGGAGUCAAAAGAAACCUGUUGUACGAGGUUCCAGCAAAAAAUGGAAAAGACGACGUUCGAGAAGAUCUAGGAAAAAUUCGGCAUGCUCCACCUCCUCAUUUUCCUCCAAUUUAAUUCGCCAUGAUUCUUCUAACGUUCACGUGGCCAUCACCGGUUCCGCACUGUUACUGGUCAAUCAUUCGGAUAAAAAGGAAGGAGAAUGGAAAUCAUCGGGAAAUGUGGAAUCGGAUGGCGAGUCUGUUCGUUCGAAAAGCCAAGGCCUCGUCCAAAUGAGACUCGUGGAUCUUGACGAGGACACGGAUGUGCAGGAGGCAUCGUGUUACGUUCACGAAGAAAGCGCCUCGGAAGAUAGUACAUACGAGAGUCUUCGUUUUUCCCAACCGGAUGAUUUCAAUACAGAUUCGGAAGACGAAGCUGCAAGCGGCCUUGAAAACAGGCCCGAUUGUAAUACCGAUGAUCGAUGUGAAAAUAUUCAUGUUAAUAAUAAUCUGGAGGCACCUGCGAAACCGAUACCACCGCCUCCAAGAGAAUCUAGUCUGACUGAAACUUUGGGUAGAAGAAUUAAAAUGUUGCGAAGAACGUGGAGCAUCACCAAGGGUAGUCUUGGUAGAAUUCGAAGAAGAACGUUCGUCGAGGAAGAUCAAACUUGCGAAGAAAACAAGGAUCUUACAAAUGAACACCAUCACCAUCAUCAUCAUCAUCAUAAUCAACAGCCACAACUACAAGACAAUGGAAAAUAUUUUAGUUUUAGAAAACAUUUCAGAAAAAAUCUUUCAAGUUUUUCAACGUUUUAUCUGAACGAUAGUAAUGGUAAUUGUACGCCAAGAAAUAAUAAUAAUAAUAAUAAUAAUGGUACCAGUAAAGAAGCCAUUUAUGGAAAUACCAAUUGGUAUACGAAAAAUAACGAUUACGAAUCUUCCUCGCAAUUUUAUAAAACAGACGUCGAUCACUAUAGCGUGUUGGCGGAUCAAGAACCUUUGUAUCAAUUUUAUGCAGCUGCUGUUAACAGUGUGGCCUUCCAAUCGGAUUCUGACGGAUACGAGCAAGUAGAAGAUUUUAAUCCUCCUCCACUUGCUACGGAUUUUGUAAAACUAGGACACCGAACAUUAUGGUGCCAAACCCCACAAGUUGUACGCAGUGGACUCUUACAGAGACUAACACCAGAAGAAAAAAGAAUACAAGAAGCCAAAUUUGAAAUCCUUACAUCGGAAGCUUCCUAUUUAAAUUCUCUUCGAGUCCUUGACAAUGAAUUUCUUCGUAAUCACGAAUUGACACAUGAAAUUUUAACGCCUUCUGAGAAAGAUAAAUUAUUUGGUGGAGUACCUGGUGUUAUUAAAGCGUCUGAAAAAUUAUUGGCGGAUCUGGAAACAAUAUGGAAAGAAGAUCUUACAUUACAUAAUUUACCUGAUAUUUUACUUAAACAUUCGGAAAAAUAUUUAGAUAUAUUCGUUGGAUAUUGUUCUAAUCAAAUUAAAAUAGAUAUGACGUUAAGGGAAUUAAGAGCAAAGAAAGGGUCGAAAUUUGUAGAGGCUGUCACGCAAAUAGAAUCCCGUCCUGAAUGUCAAAGCUUGCCACUAAAUUCAUUCCUUAUGUUACCAAUGCAACGAAUUACAAGACUGCCAUUAUUAGCCGAUGCAGUACUUUCUAAAUUAUCUAUAGAAAAUACAGACAGAUCAUCGUGGGAGAAAGUUUUAUCAACAUUUACCUAUGUUGUGUCCGAAUGUAACGAGGGUGCACGUGCUGCAGCUCAAGAAGCUGAAAUGGAAAUGAUAACAAGGAAAUUAGAAUAUUCGCCUAAAAUAAAAUCUAUUGAUUUAAAAAAUCGACAUUUAAUUAAAAAAGGAUCUGUCAUACAAUUAACUAUGAAGGCAGAUAUGGAAUACAAACUUACAUUCGGAAAAAAAUUUAACAAAACACCGGUGUACCUUUUCCUACUAACGGAUUACCUUCUAGUCACAAAGAUUAAACACAAUACUCACGAUGAAGCUUACACUGUCAUAGAUGUUUGCAAAAGAAAUCUUCUUGCUUCUGAAUCAGUCUCUGAAGAUUCACCCUUUGCUGGUCGUAAUGCGAUGAUGUUAACACUAUUAGAAAAUCAUUGUGGUAAGCAAGCAGAAUAUAUUUUAACCUGUGAAAGCAAUACAGAAAGAGAAAGGUGGCUAGAAGCUAUUUCACCACCAAAAAGGGAAAUAGUUGGGGAAACGCUUUACGAAUCCUGGGAUUGUCCUCAAGUAAUGGCUCUAUAUUCUUACUCGCCAAACCAACCCGAUGAGCUUUCAUUGCAACCAGGUAAGCGACAAAAAUAUUUCCUUAAAAAAAACUUGUAUUUUAUUAAUUAUAUGUACUUGUCAGGUGACGUUAUAAAUGUACUAAGAAAAAUGACAGAUGGUUGGUAUCAUGGUGAAAAGCUAUUGAAUGGCGAACAGGGUUGGUUUCCUGCAAAUUAUACAAAAGAAGUUGCCUCUGAACAUGUACGUGCGAGAAAUUUGAAACAAAGGCAUCGUCUCUUAGCCCUUAUGGGUAGUGUUUUACAAAGAAGAGCGAAACAAAACUUAGCCAUGUAUUGAAGUAAUCGUCCGCGAAAGUAACAUAACAAAAAUUAUUUUUGCA